CUUUAAUAAGCCUAUGAAGGAGGAUUCAGGCAUCCAGCCUUGAGCAUAAAUAAGAACAUGAGCAUGAGGAGCAGGAGAAGGACCAGUUAGCAGGACCAGGAGCAGGACCAGGAACUGAGCAGAAACAGGGCCACAGGAGGGGCAGGAGUUGAGGAGGAGUAAAUACAGGAUCCAGAGCAACAGCAAGAGCAAGAGCAAGAGCAGGGAGAGGCAUCACCAGGAGGGACGAUCUCUGGAAGCCUGCAGGCAGCUCCCUACAUUAAGGUCAGACUCUUGUCUUGCACACUGUGCUUGUUCCUGGUUUCUGUGAAGUCAUGUUGCUGUACCUGGCAGCCCUCAUGGGUUUGUACUACCUCGUGCGCUGGUAUCGGGAGAGGCAGGUGGUGAGCCACCUCCAUGACAAGUAUGUCUUCAUCACGGGCUGUGACUCAGGCUUCGGGAACCUGCUGGCCAGACAGCUGGACAUGAGAGGCUUGAGGGUGCUGGCUGCGUGUCUGACAGAAGAAGGAGCUGAGCAGCUGAGGAAGCGGGGGUCAGAACGGCUGGAGACAGUGAUCCUGGAUGUCACCCGGACAGAGAGCAUUGCUACAGCCACUGAAUGGGUGAAGGAGCAUGUUGGGAACAGAGGACUCUGGGGCCUGGUGAAUAAUGCUGGCAUCUCCUUCCCCUCUGCUCCCAAUGAGUGGCUGAGCAAGCAAGACUUCAUGAACAUACUCAACGUGAACCUGGUGGGGGUGAUUGAGGUGACUCUGAGCCUGAUGCUUUUAGUGAGGAAGGCGCAAGGUCGCGUGGUCAAUGUCUCCAGUGUCAUGGGCUGGGUGUCACUCUAUGGUGGUGGCUACUGCAUCUCCAAGCAUGGUGUGGAGUCCUUCUCAGACAGUCUCAGGAGAGAGCUCUCCUAUUUCGGGGUGAAGGUGGCUAUAAUCGAGCCUGGUUACUUCAAGACGAAUGUGAGCAGUACUGAAACACUGUUGCCAAGUUUGAAGAAGGUAUGGGACCAUACCAGCUCAGAGGUCAAGGAGAUCUAUGGAGAGAAGUUCCUGGAAUCCUACCUCCGUUAUCCACAAUUAUUGGAGAAAGUGUGGAAAUCAGAGCUGUCUUCAGUCACAGAUUGUAUGGAACAUGCACUGACCGCAUGUCACCCUCGCACCCGAUACUCACCUGGUUGGGAUGCCAAGUUCCUUUACCUCCCCAUGAGCUACCUGCCCACAUUCCUGUUGGAUUUCUUUGCCUACUUGGGCUCUCCAAAGCCAGAGAAAGCCCUGUAAAGCCAACUGUUGGAAGAGGAAGAUUUUGGUGCUUGAAGAGACCACCCAUGCCCCAUAAUCUCACACAUUGCCUGAAGAUAAGUGAGGUGUGGUGUUAAGAGACAGGCAUGUUUAUGAAAUCUGAGGAAAUAGAAGGAUGACUUGUGGAAUGAGUAGACAGUACAAGUUGAAUUAUCUCUGUCUUUUCUCAGGCUUUUGUGCUUUAAAAUGAAAAACAGUUAUUUCCCUUCCAAAACAUCUUAGUAAUCCAAUUCAUAGAAGUAGACAGUUUAAUGUGCAAGGAAACAGUGAGGCUAGGCAGGUCCUACACUCCUUUGUUUGCUUAAUGCCUGUUGGAAUCUUGCCUAGAUCCCCAAUCUCUUAAACCAGUGUAUGGUGAAGGCCCAAAUGAAUGAGAGAAGCAGUGUGAUUUUUAGGGUUCCAGGAGGACCAGAAUCCUCUGCAGUGUUCAUAACUCAAAUAGGGAGACUGACAGUGCUCUGGGUGGCCUGUAUUUAUUCAAAACAAGGAAAGGGUUGAAUGGAAAACAGGAACCUGAGCAGGAUCUUGGCAGGCACUCAAGGACCCCUCCAAGUAACAGAUGAUGCCAAUUAAGGGAAACUAUCGUAGGAGAAAAAUCUCCAGGUGUCCUCAACUGUGGCCUAUCUUGCCCCCUGAGGUGUUUCCUCCUUCUCAGUUCAACCACUCCUGGGCCAUGCCACAGCCCUGCAUAUGUAUUUGUCUUCAACAGCUCCAACAAGUUCCACCAUCCCUGUUGCCCUAAGCGACCAACUCUCCCUCUAAAGUCAUUGUAAUUUUGAUCUGUUCUACUGUCACAGUCAAGUGCACUUGACAGGAAUCUUUCCUUUCCUGCCCAGCCUUUGUUGAGCAACUCUAUGUGCAAGGUAUCAAGAUAAAUUAUCCUUGACUUCGUGAGAGCUGUUUCAGUGUUGUGACAAUGUUCUCAAGUGUGGGAUGAACUGAGUAUGUAUAUGCAGAAAGCCACAAAGAUUCCUGGACUAAAUACAAACUCUAGUUUUGAGGCAAACUGCAGUUGUGAGGUACCUCUAUGGUAAGUUAGCUUCUUUUCCUUUAUAAAGCCUUAAGUUAUGAAACCUUAGGGAACCUCAUGUAUCUGAAAAUUGACCAGGAAGUUAUGGCCCCUAUUACAGAGCCUUCACUUCAUAUUUGACUGAUACUUAGAAACAUUAAGGUUGGACAUUUUUUUUUAUUGCUGAUUGAACCCAGGGCCUCCUGCAUGCUAGGCAAAAUUUGUACCACAGAAGAAAUACCUGGUCUUUUGUAUUUUAUUUCUGAGAUAAGAUCUUGCCAAGUUUCCCGGGCUGGCUUUCAACUUGCUUUGCCUUGUAAAGCAAUUGUUUGGCCCAAUAUUGUGUGUUAAAAUGAACAGUACAUAUUAAUGUGGUUCUAAGUGAUGCUUUGAGAGCCAUGCAUUGAAAAGCUUAUAUGGAGUCUUGGGUCAGGCCUAGGGACGUUGAAGAAAGGUCAGCCAAGAAUAACCCUUGAGGAGAGCCCAGACUCUGAAUGGCUCUUGCCAGUAAUACAGAGAGCAGAGUAACAGCUUCCUAUUUAGUGUGAGGCUUCCUGAAAUUUUUUCAUUUUAAUUUCUGUUUAUUUAGGCAAAAGGAUUGCAUAAAAUGCAAUGUGCUAUAGAAAUAUAAGUGACUUUUUCAGUAGAAAACAUUGCAAAUAUCAAGGUAUGUGGUAAACAUACAAAUAAGGAGAAGGUAGUAUACCUUGUAUGUUCAGUACAGUGUUUUAAAGCAUAAAAUAUACACCAUAAAAUACAAUUGGCAAGUGAUUCACAAUGCACCAUGCGGCCUAUCAACAUUCUCACCUGAACAACUCAAGUACAGUUUAACAACUAAUUUCAUGUAGUCCAAAGAUACCCAAUCAUAUAAAGUAUGUUUAAUUAAAUUAAUUUCCUUUACUCAAACUUUUUUUCUUUGCAAAUUAAAGCUUUUCUUUACCCCUUUCAAUUUCCUUUUCUUCUUCCCAUUAACUCUCACCCUGAAAGUUUCAAAAUGCACACUGGUGUUAGACACAUAAAUGCUACUUAAGAAGCAUUAAAGGAAGCUUUUCUUUUUCAGGUUUUUUCUUUUGUCUUAUAAUCUGUUAGGCCUUUCAACCAACACUAAAUAUUUAAGUUUCUCUGCCACCAACACUAUUUCACACAACAAAAACCUAUCAUUUCUGCUCUGUUUUGAGGAAUGGGAAAAGAGCCCCCAGAGCCCCUUAACACUAGGACUGUGCAAUCAAUGGUAGCUGUUCACUGCUGUUCAAUGCAGCAAAAGAUACAUACAUCUUCCAGAUCACCUUAGAGCACUUUAGAAAAUCAAAAAUUACUUAGAAGCAAUUUAGUACAUAGACUGACUUUUGAAAAAACUUUUUAAAAAAUUUUAUUUAAAGAAAGACUAAACAAAACAGAAAAUUGGUAGAAAUAAUACAUACAUUCAGAGAUAAACAGUAAGAAAUUACUAGUGAAUGUUUACAUACUGUCCUUUUACAAAUAGUUGUUCAAGAUACAAAAGUGGAACACAUAAAGUUGGAAUUCAAACAGUGAGACUGCAAACAGUUCUGUUCAACUAUCCAAUAAAAACUUACUAAUAUUGUUGUCAAUCCUAUAUACUUAAACAUACAUGCGGUUAUAUAUAUCUUCAUUUAUGUUGGGAUUAAACAAACUAAAGCAGGCUAAAGUCAUUCUGAACAAAGAAUAAUAGUAUUGCUGGAUUUCACAUCGUGACACUCUGGGAUCAGCACUAUGUACUGUAGUGUCUUAUUUUUUAAAUUUUAUUUAAAGAAAGACUAAACAAAACAGAAAAUGGGUAGAAAUAAUACAACUUUCAAAGAAAAAAAUAAACAGUAAGAAAUCACUAGCUGAUGAUUACAGAUUGUUCUCUUACAAAUAGUUAUUUAAGAUACUAAAGUGGAGCAUAUAAAGUGGGGAUUAAAACAGCCAGACUGCAACCAGUUCUGUUCAACUAUCCAACAAAAACUUAGAAAUAUGGUUAUUAAUCCUAUACACUUAAACAUACACGCAGUUAUCCAUAUCUUCAAUUAUGUUGAGAUUGAACAAACCCAAGCACUCUAAUAUCACUCUGAACAAAGAAUAAUACUAUUGCUGGGUUUUACAUUAUGACCCUCCAGGAUCAGCACUGGGUACUUUAGUGUCUCUUUUUCUUCAAAGUAUCUGUUAAUUUCAUCAUGUGUCAUAACAUCAGUUCUCAUACAUUGUUUAUAGAUUCUGCACAUGCAUAAGUGUUAACAUGUGUGUUUUUAUCAUUUCUAUAUUAGAGGGAGAAACAAAAUAAAGCAAGACAAAACAAAACACAUUCCUAUAAAUACAUGAAAUGAAAAAGAAUAAGACCAUUUUACAAGGAGUUCUACCCUAGUUCCUGUGUUGUCUCUUGUUAUCUUCAAUAGAAUUGGCUGUAUCAUCAGACAUAGCAUAAUUGAAUAUAUCAGUACACACAACUUUGGAUAUAGUAUAAAACUUCAAAAGCAGGCAGUUAUCAAACCAGAAUGUGUAUUAUAGAGUCUUGUCAUCUUCAGUGUAGUUGCCUAUACUCUCAGACUUGAUACUAUCAAUCAUAUCAGUUUUGAAUAAAACCUGUUGAUAUCAAACAGCAAUCAUACAAACCAGAUUUAACUAAGAUCAGUCAUGAUAAAACAGUAUAAGUCAUACAGGGCUCCAGAUUAAGAUAAUAGGAAAUUAAAGAUGAUUACUGGCCUAUAUCCUGAUGUUUUUGGGAUAGCUGUCUAUGCCAUCAAAUCUUAUGCAAGUAAACAAACUGGGCCAGAAUAAAAUCUAUCAAAAAAGAAUAAAAUCUAUCUAAGCAGAGUGGUGCAAGUAAUGUGGGUUUUAAAUGCUGAUACACUAUUAACAAUGUCUUCUGCCAUCCUUGUUAAGGCUAUCCCUUCUCUUUCAUGUCCCCAGGUACACUGUGCAUUUUUGGGUCUCACCAAGACACUUGGUAUUAAGUUGUGGGGGCAACCCUGCUAUUUACCUAAGUGGUUCCCAACUUUCUCUCUCCUGGACUUGAUAUCUAAUUGUACUCCUUUACCUAUUAAAGCCUGUCUUUCCAACCUAUCCACAAAUACUGGUCUAGUUGCCCCUGUUACUCUCUGGUUCUCUGUCACACAGAGCAUUGUUUUCUCAUAUUUGAUUUUCAGUCCAUGUACUCUUUUUCAUGUUAAUUAUAUUUCCUAUAAAUAGCAUCUUAGUUGACCCUGCCUCCUGAUCUACUCCACGUGUGGUUCUUUUUUUUUAAUUUAGUGUAUCAAGGCCAUCUAUAUUAGAGAUUAUAAUAACCAACCUUCUCUGCCUCAUUUCUGUUAUGCUAUUUUUUUUGCCAUCAGUUGUCUGCUUAUCUUCUUCAUUCCAUUUUCUGUUCCAUUCAUUGAGGCUUCUCUGCCACUGUUCCUGGAACCCUAGUACUUUUUUCUCUCUCUAGAAUGCCCUGCAGUAUUCUCUGUAGAGUUGGAUUGGUGUUGCAAAUUUCCCCAGUUCCUCUUUGUCUUGGAAGCAUCUUGUUUCUCCAUUAAUUUCUAGAGACAGUUUACAGGGUAUAUCAAUCUGGGUUGGAGGUUGUUUUCUUUUAGGCCUUGGAAUAUUUCACUCCAGGCUCUUCUUGACUUGAUGGUUUGUGUCAAGAAGUCUGCCAUUAUUCUAAUGGGCCUUCCUUUAUAGGUGAUCUGUUUAUUGCCUCUAACAGCUUUUAAUAUUCUGUUCUUAUAUUGAAUUUCUGGAAUCUUGAUUAUUAUAUGCCUGGGUGUAUCUCUGUUUUGGUUGUAGGUGGCUGGAGUUCUGUAUGCCUCAUACAUCAGAAUAUCAUUUCCUUUUCCUAUGUUUGGGAAGUUUUUCUUAAUUAUUUCUGUGAAUAGCUUUUGUAAUUCCUUUGUUUGUACCCCUGCUUCUUAAUUCACAUUCUUUAUUUUCAAGUAGUAGAUCCUCUUGUCGUCUUCCAACCUUUGUAUUGUUACUGCUUGUUUCCUUGUUAUUUUAAAAAAGUUUUUCCUUUCAUAAUCCCACAUUGCAAAACUCUCCUCCAGUUUGGAUAAUCUAUCCUUAGUUUCUUUCAAACAGAUUUGCCAUCUUUUGAUAGAGUUUUUAAUUUCCUGGUGAUCUCUUUGAAUCUGCUUCACGUAUUCCAUAUUUCCUUUAUAUUCUUCAUCAAAUGGGUUCUCUCCUAUGUUUGAGUUCCUUCCUUUUUCCAUCUGUGUCUUCUUGGGGGUACUUAGCAUCUCUUUUAUUAAUCUUCUUAUAUCUUGCUUUAUUUGGCUAAAUAUUUCACUUUUGAACUCAUCUAUGAGGUCCUGAAGAUAUCUCUUUAUGUCCACUGGUGCCGUGUCUGGUAUUGCUUGUUUGAUGUUCUCAUUCCUCUUUGUAUUUACCUGUCCUGGGUCAGUGUUCUCAGGGUUGGUAGCUGGGGACUUUUUGUUGUUGCUUCCUCUUCCCAUCUUUUUUGUUUCUUCCAGGAGGUCCCAGUUAUUUUCUUUAUUGUUUCGAAAAAACUUUUUAAAAAGCAGCAUUACACUGAGUGACAUAUUGUGCUUAAUACUGCUUUUAGCACACUCAGUAUUCAGCUUUAAACAUGAUAAUCAUGCAUAGUGGUAAGUGGUUAUAAAGGAGACUUUGCUAUGAAUGAUAGGUUAGCAAACAGAUACCUGACAUUUUGUAAAGCCAACAGCUUCUGCUCAGAUGCAAGAAUCACACAUAUUUUAAACAUAAUAGAACACAGUAACAGUUAGUACAGCAAAAGAAAUCUUUUCUCUCAUAGUGUCUUUGAAAAAGAUGUGGUGAUGGACGACGCAUAGAGUGGCUGUUGACUCUCAUCACAAACAUAAGCACAAGCACAGAGAAUGACAUUCAUACCAGCAUAUUCACUUUAUGCCUCUGUGAUGUAACAGGUCAGAAAGUGUGUUGCAAGGGAAAAAUUGUGUUUUGUUUUUUCCAAGAAAAAGUUUUUAGUCCAUUUUGUACAUAAAUUUGUUUAGUUUCAUAGGACUCAACUUCAUCUAUAUCCACUUAUUUUCAAGUUUAUUUGGACAAUGAGUACUACAUGUAUUUAUUUAUGAGCUAUUUAUUAUAUAUCUAUAUCUAUAUCUAUAUCUAUCUAUCUAUCUAUCUAUCUAUCUAUCUAUCUGUCUGUCUGUCUGUCUAUACUGUCUUGGGGAUUUGAUUUCACCUAAUAAGUUAAGUUGAAAUAUUCUGUCAUGGCUUAUGUGCAGAGCAAGUUACAGAACUGCAGACAAUUCAUGGCUGGACACUCUCACUGCUAACCAAAAAAAAGGAGAGUGGCUGGAGAGAAAAUUGUAUUAUAGGGUGAAAGUAUGUUGUGGACAGAAUUAUAACGUAAGAACAUAUUUAUAAGACAGACUGCUUAUAGAUAUUUUAUGAUCAAUUAGAAGUCUUUGACUAAGUUUGUGUUCUGCUGUUUGUCCUGAUUUCAAUUGACCCUGACAGUGUCUACAGCCAGCUGCACAUGUCUGAUGAGCACUGAGUCAGGGUAAUUGUCUAUACCUUCAGGCACUCUGGGCUAAUUCAAGGGCCCCUCCCCAGAAUCUUCCUAUAUAAUGGUAAUGCCCUUAACUAUGCUCACUGUGUAACGGUCCCCUACCCUCGUUUCCUGAGUAUUUCUAUGUUAUGAUAAACAAUUUCUUUGUUUCAAGACUAGCUUACCUGUCAAUAUAUGACUCAAGUUUUGUAUCUGAUUAUGUAUGUUUUGUCACUUGCUGUGUACCUCUCUUUUCUAAAUUCUGUAUAAACUAAACUCUUCCUAAAUUCAGCACUGUUUCAUUUGAGGAAUUAUCGCAAGAGCUCAGUAACAGUCUGCUGGCAUAAAGAUUAAAUACGCCUUCUUAUCUCUUUGGUGCAAAAAGUCUGCCAUUUGGGUUGGUUUGCUUUGUUCUGGUUUGGGUUGGGAAUUAUCCCACACCAGAUGAAAAACUUUCACUGCCGCCUCUCCACACUCCAGACUCCCCACACUUGAGUGUAUUAAGUAGGCAAGCUUCAUUCAGUUCAGUCUGAAGAGUCUAACUUGAUUAGAAUGGGGAGGGGAGGCGCGUGUCUCAGUCUGUAAGUGCUUUGAGCCUGGCUUCCGGGCUCUAGUGCAGACCACUCAGCUCCUGGAACAGAUCCUUCUUCCCACUGCGGCAGACUUUCUUCCACCCUGACCUUUGGGCCUUCCCAGGGCAGAUCUUUUGCCUGUGAACAGAAGAUAUAACCUGACCCCUCUUUGCAGGUCGUGUGCACAUAGGGGCCUGUCUCGUGCCCUACUGAUGGGGCUCAGAAGGUCAGGGGUAGCAGCAAUAGUGGGCAGCAGGGCUGAGGUGAGAGUGUGGUCCACCCAGGGCAGCUGCUCCCAGCUCACUCAUGCUGCAGCCCCACUUCCUCACCACCAGAGGGCGAAACGCUAGGCAAAGCCUCCUGGAUUUUAGAGUCAUCUUUACAUGCCCACUCACAGACAACACCCUCCCCAGGAAGCACACUCACACACUGAACACACUGAAGGAAAAUUAAAAUCACUGACUCACUUUGUAGUCUCGUGGAGCAGGUGUUCACACGGUGGAAUACCAUAGAAAUUCUUUCCAAAAGGCAAUAGUAUUGUGAGAGGACAAGUCCCUUUCACCAUGCUGUACUCUAUGAGAGUGGGGUCCACCUAGACUGAAUCCAGGACCCUAAAUGACUCAAGAUCGUUAUCUUGGUUAUGACUGAAUGACAUUGACCUUAAGCACGAGUGUCGUGUAGCAAAAUCUGAGUCCUCAUUCCAGAUCUCUAGGGAGGCCUCUGUGAUGGAUUGACAACCAGUGGUCAAUUUGUAACAACCAGCUAAACUGAAUCAGUGUGGUGUUUGUUAGGUGUGGAUGGCCCACCUGAGGAUUAUUACCAACAAUACAAAAAGGAGAACCAGAGUGCAAGAAGUAGUGUUCUUCGUUCCUCUGUUGCUGUUGCUUCUGGAAGAGUUUGUCACACUGGCCUCCUGAUAUGAACUCAGCUAUUCGUAAUGUUGGAGGAGCUGGAGACCUCAUUAUCACUAUCGGUGGAUGUGGUACUUUUUUUGGGAGAGCUCCGGCCCUUAUUUUGAACAUUGCUUCUUGGCUCUAGUGCAGAACCCUUAGUCUGCUGGCACCAAUCCUUCAUCGAAUUGGCACAGACUUCCUAACUUCCACCACAGAUCUUUGGACCUUACCAGAAUGACAGCAAUGUAGAGAAUUUAUUCUUUAGAAUCAGGUUCAGUGUCCUCAGCAAUUCAGGCACUUGACCCUAGAGCCAAGAGAGAAGAAAGCCUGGCUAUUGCUCCAGGUUGAAACAGAUCAUAGUACCAUCUGCUUGAUACUGGUUUUAGGUAUAUACAGAGUGCAAGAGAUUUGAGGUUUAAAAGGCUUCCACCCUGAUUUCAGAAGGGGUGGAAGGCUAGACAUUGUGCCCCUGAGAGGACAAUGUGUUAAGUGAAAGAUGCCAUGGAGAACCAAGAAGUUUAGAAAAUCUAGGAGCAUGAAUCAUUUAAGAAAAACUGCAAGGAAGGGGUAAACCCAGCCUGAGAGACACAGUAGGAGCUAUAGCCACCAGAAGUGCUGUGGAAGUGAAGUCACUCAAGCCUAUUGGGGCUCACAACCUGAUUGCUGGAUCUGCUGGACAUGGAACUGCAGGACCUAAUGUUUGCUCUGUUGGAUUUUUUACUUGCUUUUGUCCCAAUCCUUUGUGUCAUCAUAUUUGUACCCUUAUGAAUGGUAAUCUUUAUUUUGUGCUAUUUAAUGCUGGAAGUGUGUAACUUUUCAUUUGUAUAGGGGUCACAGCUAAGAGUUUUCCUUACAUCUCAGAAGAGAUUUGGGACUUGGACUUUUCAGUAAGGUUGAAACUGUUAGGACUUUGGCAACUGUUGGAGAUGGACUAAAUAUCUUUUGCAUAAGGGAUGUACAUGAGUUUUUGUGGGGCCAGGGGAGAAAUGUUAUAGUUUGUGUUUAGAUGUCCCCCGAAAUAUCAUGCAGGCAUGUGGGCAAGCUUCUAGUAUUUGUGGUUGAUUUAUGGUCCAAUGAUUAUCUUAUAUGUGUGAGUGGUACACCUAAGUAUAUGUGGCCUACACACAAUAUAAGGGACAGAAACAAUCUUCUCUCAAGCUCCUCCCUUUUGCCUUUGCUGUCUUUGGUAUCUGUCACUGCAAAUAACUAUUGUUCCUCAACCGAUUAUGUACUGAAAGCUCCACAAAUGUGAGUUUAAUAAACCUUUCCUGCUUUCA